UCUCACUGAAGUUUGAAACUGACGAAGGGACAAAAUAUUUAUUUCAAAGCUGACGCAAGGGCGCUAAAUACAAACGUACCAGAAAUAAAGUGUGAUUUAAAAUUCCUAUAUUUAUGAUAGCGUCUUCACAUUGAAGAAGCGCUUGGUGAAUUCACGCCAGCUUAAUUUAUUUGAUGAAACAAGCCAAGAGCUAGCCGUUAGCAUGCUAACUACGCAGCUUUAGAUGAAAACAUUAAACGUUUUUGGUUACGAAAUAUUUAUAAACCAUUAUAGCUGUGUCGAGCCUGAGGACUUUAUUUUGAGGAAUGGCUCCUCGGUUGCAGCUGGAAAAAGCUGCUUGGCGGUGGGCAGAGACGGUCAGACCAGAGGACAUCACACAUGAACACAUCGCUUUAGCUUAUAGAAUCGCUUUGCUAGCAUGCAAGAGAGGGACAUGCAGGAGGAACUGUAAAGGGAAUCCUAACUGUCUAGUUGGAAUUGGAGAACAGUCUUGGUUGGGUGAAAUUGAUGAAAACACUUUCCACAAUAUCGAUGACCCAAACUCAGAAAGGCGGGAUAAGAACACUUUUGUAGGCCUGACGAAUCUUGGUGCCACAUGUUACGUAAACACUUUUCUCCAGGUGUGGUUCCACAAUCUGGAUCUCCGUAGAGCUCUUUAUUGCUUUCAGAAUUCCAGAGCGGAAGUGCACGACAUGGAUUCAGAUUAUGAGCCAAGUACGAUAUGUGAACAUCUGCAGUACCUGUUCGCAUUGCUACAGAACAGCAACAGGCGGUAUAUUGACCCAUCAGGACUGGUAAAGGCUCUAGGGCUAGACACCGGUCAACAGCAGGACGCUCAGGAAUUCUCCAAACUCUUCCUCUCACUUUUAGAAGACACCCUUUCGAAGCAGAAAGACCCACAUCUCCAAAAUGUCAUCCAGCAGCAGUUCUGUGGACAGUUUUCCUAUGUUACUGUAUGCAACAAAUGCGGCCGUGAAUCCCCUCUGCCAUCUCGAUUUUAUGAGCUGGAACUGAACAUUCAAGGACACAAAAACCUCACUGAGUGCGUCACAGAGUUUCUAAAGGAGGAAAAGCUGGACGGUGAUAAUCGUUAUUUCUGUGAAAGCUGUCAGAGUAAACAGAACGCUACCCGCCGGAUCAAGCUCCAGAGUCUUCCCCGCACACUCAACUUUCAGCUCAUGCGCUUCGUCUUUGACAGGCAAAGCAGUCACAAAAAGAAGCUGAACACUUUCAUUAGUUUUCCAGAAGUUCUUGACAUGGGGCCGUUUUUGGAAGGGAAAGAUGAGAAGUGCAUGUAUGAGCUCAGCGCGGUGUUGAUUCAUCGCGGUGUGAGCGCGUAUUCCGGUCACUACAUCGCUCAUGUAAGAGACGCCCACACCAACGACUGGUACAAAUUCAACGAUGAGGAGAUCGAGAAAAUGGAGGGCAAGAAACUUCAGUUGGGCAUUGAAGAGGACAUUGCUGAGACAGCCAAAUCUCAAACCCGAAAGCCAAAAUGUAGCAAAGGGUACCACUGCUCGAGGAACGCUUACAUGUUAGUAUACAAACGGCAGGUGGAAGAGGACAACCAAACAGAAACAAGCAUCCUAGUACCAGCUUUUCUCCAGAAGCUGGUUGACCAGGACAACAAGAAGUUUGAGGAGUGGUGCAAUGAGAUGUCAGACAUGCGAAAGCAAAGCGUAGACAAAGGCAAAGCCAAACAUGAGGAGGUGAAGGAGCUCUACGAAUUGUUACCCACGGAAGACGACCAGUCAUAUGAGUUUGUGCCUCUGGAAUGGCUCAAGAAGUGGCUGGAUGAUUCGACCGCCAUCAAGGAAAUUGACAACAGCCAUUUUCUGUGCUCUCAUGGCAAACUACACCCAGACAAGGUUGGCGAGGCCAAAAGAAUCUCCCCAAAAGCCGCUGAUCUGCUCUUUGGGCGCUACGGAGGAGGUCCCAGACUGGACCGGUCUUCUCUCUGCAGAGACUGUGUUGCUCAGCGAUGCAGGGUCCUCAGACUGAAAAACCAACUGAAUGAAGAUUACAGAGAGGUGACAAAUCUUGCCAAAGCCGCUUUGAAAAGUGAUGAGGCAGGUUUCUGGAUCGGGAAGACCUCUCUGAGGGCCUGGAGGCAGUUGGCUUUGGACCAGCUGGAGGAAGAUGAAGAGGAGACAAAACACAACAACUGCAAAAUGAAUGGAGAGAGAAGCAGCAGCCUGGGGAAUAGAGCUGAUGGAUGUAAAGGGAAUAACGAAGAAGGGGACGGUGAAGAGAUGAAGAACUUUAAUGAAGACAUUCUAUGUUAUCAUGGUGGUUUGAGUAUACUAGAGAGUGACCGGCGGCUGGUUUCUGCUGAGGUGUGGAAUAAACUGAGAGUGUAUUUCCCUAAAGCCCCGGAGUUUACACAACAACAACACGAGCCAUGUCAGCACUGCACGAGGCUAGAAAAAGAGGGGAAAGAGAAUGAGGCUUUGAACAGAAUGAUGGCCAAUGAGCAGAAGACUUCUCUUCUAAACCUCUUCCAGGAAAAAAACCGACCCACGCUGCAGAAAUGGCCACAGGAAUCUGAUGUUCUGUAUAUUGUACCCCUUUACUUCGUUGAUGAAUGGAGGAAAUUCAUAAGGAGGCCAGCAAAGGGUAACCCAGUGUCAAGUGUGGGCAACAGCAUUCUGCUUUGCCCUCAUGGUGGAUUCAUGUUCACAUACGACUCCAUGCUACACGGAGACGCCCAACAUAUAGCUCUUCUCUGGCCCGAUGAAUGGGAGGUGAUCAGCAAAAUGUUUCUAGUGGACAACUCCAUCUCUAUACGUAAGAUGCCCGACACGACACAAGACAACAGUGGUGUGUGUUACCAGACUCAACCAGACUUGUGUCGAGAGUGCCGAGAGGGCUUCAUUUUCCAGCAGCAGAGAGACAUGAGGGAAUACGCGCAAGCCACUGUUUAUGUUCGAAAAGUCAUUGACAAGACAACUAUGAUUAAAGAGUCGGCCCCGGAGUUCAGUGUUAGUGGCUCGGACGUAGAGGAGGAGAGAGAAGAGCCGAAGAUCGAUGGAGAGAAAGAUCCAGACUUCAGUCAGUCUGAGGGCGGAGCCAAACGACAGAAGCUGGACGAAACCGCCUCCAUUUCCACGACCACCAUAACUACUGUUUCCAAGUCGGGCAUCAGGAGAAGCACGAGGCACAGGAAACUGCGAGGGGAGAAGGCCCUCAUCGUUUCAGCCAACCAGACUCUAAAAGAGCUGAAGAUCCAGAUCAUGCAUGCGUUCUCUGUCGCUCCGUUUGACCAAAACCUCUCCAUAGACGGACGCUGUUUGACGGACGAUUCAGCAACUUUAGGAAGUCUUGGAGUGAUCCCAGAGAGCAUCAUAUGCCUUAAGGCGGAUGAACCCAUUGCUGAUUAUGCUGCCAUGGAUGAUGUGUAUCAAGUCUGUAUGCCUGAGGAAGGUUUUAAAGGCACUGGUCUUUUAGGACACUGAGGGAAGCUCUGAGUGUGGAAGAAUGUUAAGCAAGGAUAAAGCUUGAAUUAGUCAGAUGUUCAUCAUUGGGAUAUUGUCUUUUUUUUUUCAUUUUACAAUUUCGUUUUUUAUUUGUUAUCAGACUUUAAAGUGUUUUUUCUUUGAAACAUCAUGCUGGUUUUUAAUAUUGAAAGAUGUUCUGCAAGAUUUUGUGGUUGUGCUUGUCAUGACUGUGAAAAAAUACGGGUCGAGAUUUUCUCAAAGGACGUUCCAAAAAUCGGAAUUCCUCCUUUGUUGCAAUUUCAUGUCCAUAGAGUUUGGUCUGAUCAUACAUUGUGUGUUAAACAGUAAAUCUCUGUAAAUUAUAAGUGUUUUUUUUUUGUUUUUGUUGAAAAUAAGCUUGUGAUGGCACUGCAAUAGAGCUCUUACAUAUUUAUAAAUGCAUGAGCAACUAAAAUAUUAAAAAAUAUAUAGCCUUUGUUUGGUUUAUGUAAAUAAACUCACCAAAACACAGCAGUGAUGAAGCCUGAAGAGAUGGUGAUAAAUAUGUUACGUUUCCAGAAGUGGAAAAUAUAACAACAUUGCUAAAUAGUUUAGACAUGUUCUGCUACUUGAAAUAUUAAGCAGGCAUUUGUGUGAACUUUUCUCUAUGUUCUUUCAUAUGGGCAAUAAAUAUUCUUUUUACAUCUUCA